GUCUGGGGGCGGGGGGCCGACCUGCAGGGUUCUUCCUCAAGAGGCUAGUCCUCUGCCGCCACUCGCUUAGGACCCUGCGGACACCGCGUCCCGCGUCCACGCCCUCCCCUCAACCCUCUUCCACCCUUCAAAAGAAGGACUGUCCCAGACACCACGUCCUAGGGCCAGAAGACCUGCCCCCACGACAGCCGCUGGAGACACCCCAGACCGGAGAGACUGACAUCGGGACAGGACCCGCCCCUCUGCUUCCACCUCUCAGGGACCUCCUCUGCUCCGCCGCCGGGCGAAGUGCUGGGGGACCCAGCCGCCUGUCGCGCUCCUGCAGGGGGACCCUCAGCUAGGCAGCCAGCUGGCGCCCGCGUAGAUGGCGAGGAGCCCCCAAGGCCUCCUGAUGCUGCUGCUGCUACACUAUUUGAUCGUCGCCCUGGACUAUCAUAAGGCAAAUGGAUUUUCUGCAUCAAAAGACCACCGUCAAGAAGUCACAGUAAUAGAGUUCCAAGAGGCUAUUUUGGCUUGUAAAACCCCAAAGAAGACUACUUCCUCCAGACUGGAGUGGAAGAAGGUGGGACAGGGGGUCUCCUUGGUCUACUACCAACAGGCUCUCCAAGGUGACUUUAAAGACCGUGCUGAGAUGAUAGAUUUCAAUAUACGAAUCAAAAAUGUUACAAGAAAUGAUGCUGGAGAGUAUCGCUGUGAAGUCAGUGCUCCGACUGAACAAGGCCAGAACCUCCAGGAAGAUACAGUCAUGCUGGAAGUACUAGUGGCUCCUGCUGUUCCUGCCUGUGAAGUGCCCACUUCUGUUAUGACUGGAAGUGUGGUGGAGCUACGAUGCCAGGAUAAAGAAGGAAACCCAGCUCCGGAGUACAUCUGGUUUAAAGAUGGCACAAGUUUGCUAGGGAAUCCAAAAGGCGGCACACACAACAACAGCUCAUACACAAUGAACACCAAGUCUGGAAUUCUGCAAUUCAACAUGAUUUCCAAGAUGGACAGUGGAGAAUAUUACUGCGAAGCCCGGAACUCUGUUGGACACCGCAGAUGCCCUGGGAAGCGAAUGCAAGUAGAUGUUCUCAACAUAAGCGGCAUCAUAGCAACUGUGGUGGUGGUGGCCUUCGUGAUUUCUGUAUGUGGCCUUAGCACGUGCUAUGCUCAGAGGAAAGGCUACUUUUCAAAAGAAACUUCCUUCCAGAAGGGCAGUCCUGCAUCUAAAGUCACUACGAUGAGCGAAAAUGAUUUCAAGCACACAAAAUCCUUUAUAAUUUAAAAGAAUUCCAGUUUUGAGCUGCACCUAAACCAGUUGUCACACGUUAUUAAAAUAUUAUAAAACUUGUCUUACACUUGCAAAGUGAUGAAGAAAUGAAAGUGGGAAUUCAUCAUAAUAUUUAUGAUCUCUAACUCACAAGAGAUAUUUUAAGCAAAAUGUUCUUGCCAUCACUAAAUUACAAUCUGGCAUCUUGUGUCUGACCUAAAGUGAAAUGUCUGGUAAUAUUCUGAGUUUUUGAAAUGCAAAUGAAUGUCAGUUUGGAGUUGACUAUAUCAUACUGACUGUAAGGCUAAUCCAAGAAGCAAGAAUAUA